GGGAGAGAGUGCAUGAGCUGAAAACAUCCUGUUACUGUCCGGCAGCAUCCAGUGAUUCUGCAGCCGACACAUCGAGCGCCCGAUCAGGAUGGCAACCUUAUAGACUGGCAUCAUUCAGCGCAAUGGCUGUGGACGCAGCUUCCCAUUUCAGCUUUUGUCGAAAUGCCCUGGAUCAAAGUGUGUCAAAUGAUGAUUUAAACUGUGGCUUGCAAGAUGAUACCGAUAACCCUGCAUGGAAUGAUGGGGGAGGUCAACAGACAUCUGGAAGCAGCAACAUAAAACUCUUACAGCAGCCAGGAACUGAACAGUUUCAGAUCGGAUCCAGUGAUGGGUAUUAUAGUUUUCACACGAGUCCGACAUUCACAAGACAUGCCAAGCCUGUAGUACUCUGGACCCAGCAGGAUGUUUGUAAAUGGUUAAAGAAACAUUGCCCCCACAAUUAUCUGACCUACGUGGAAGCUUUCUCUCAUCAUGCAAUAACAGGUCGGGCACUACUGAGGCUAAACGGUGAAAAGCUGGAACGGAUGGGAAUAGUGCAGGAAGGUCAAAGGCAAGAGGUACUUCAGCAGGUUCUACAGCUGCAGGUACGAGAGGAAGUGAGAAACCUACAACUACUUAGACAAGCCUCAUUUGACAAAUGUUCGUAGCUGAUGCUUCCUUGCUGUGAAAGAGUGGAUCUUCAAUACCACGGGAUAAUGCAAGGAGUAGAUUUGAAACUGUGGAGAAUCAUGUGGUGAACUAAUGUGAUCAUUCUGGAACAGGGGAAAUCCAGUCCAAGCUGAUUUGCAAAAAUUAAUGAUUAUUUACUUAUCUUGUUUUAAGGCAAAGAAAAGCAACACUGACAUUUUCUUUUCUAGUUUUGUAAAUUAAAUACAAAUAUCCAGUCAACUGUUAGCGGUGAUUGAAAGGUGCUACAAUUCACUAUUUUCUCUGUUACAUUUGACAUCCACCCUGUUAAUAGUUUUUCGUAACAUUAGGUAGGGAAUUCACUUCUUUGGCAUGACAGUAAAAUGAAACUGCUUUGGAAAUGUAUAAUUCGGGCCUAUGGAGCUUCUCUGGGGCUCCUGUUAAUCUACAAAAUUAUCUUAGGAUAUUUCAAUAUUACCACAGCUGAUUUAACUGUUUGUAACAAAAUAUUAACCAGUGAGAAGAAUGCCUCAUGGAAGUUCUGGAAUAUUUUAAAAUAAAAUUAUCAUUUUACUAUGCCAGUGCCUGGCUCCUUAAGAUAAAACCAAAUUAAAAACUGGCAUUGGGUUAGCUGUAACAAAGUGGUUAUCCGAAAACAAAUUCAAGAAAGAGCAUAAAGUGAAUAUGGCCAAUUCUAGUCACUUCAUCUCAAUGGGAAAAAAAGGUUUUUAGUAAGCAUCAUUAAAUUGAA